AUGGGAAUAACGCAGAAGCUCCCACGCACCGGACUAGCCGCCCUCCUCGCUAGUCUGGACAUACCCUCUGAAAUCGAACUACCAAACGGAGCUGUUAUUAAAGUUGGAGCCGGAGACCCCAGAUAUCGAGUGAUUUUUCGAUCCGAAAAUGCUUUACGCACACCCAUGACAGAAUUGGGUGUCGGAAAAGCCUAUGUUUCCGGUGAAAUCGAAGUUGAAGGCGAUCUUAAUGCUCUAUUUGACGCAAGAGAGAAACUUCAAGAUAAAAUUCCCCUGCGACAGAAGUUUCAAUUUCUAUACGACUAUCUCCGAACAGCAACGGAUAUGAAUGCCAAAGCGAUCGGGGACCACUAUACUCGUGGCGAUGAUUUUUAUCUUACAUUCAUCGACAAGCGAUAUCGAUUCUACUCGCAAGGCUUAUUUAAAAGUCCAGAUGAGACAAUCGAGGAAGCAUCAGAGCAUAAGCUUGAAAGCAUGUUCAACGCCUUAGACCUCAAGCCCGGACAACGACUUCUCGAUAUCGGCGGUGGUUGGGGAGGAGUAACGCAGUACUGCGGUGCACGCGGUGUGCAUGUCACGACACUAACAUUGACAUCAGACUCAGCCCGCUUCAUUCAGCGGCUAAUCACCGAAAGGAGCCUCCCAGGGCAAGUCUUCCUGCAGGAUUUCCUGACCCACAAACCGGAGGAACAAUACGACCAUAUCGUUAUCUACGGAGUUAUCGAGCAUCUUCCUGAUUAUCGCCGAUUUGCAAGUAGAGUCUGGGAUGUUCUCAAGCCUGGCGGAAGAAUUUAUCUCGAUGGUUCAGCGGCUGUUACCAAGUAUGCUGUUAGUUCAUGGACAAGAGAUUAUAUUUGGCGGGGAACGCACACAUUCAUGACUGUUCAGGAUGUCAUGGCUGAAUUUCUGUAUCAUGGUUUCGAAGUUAUAGAAGUAUCUCGUGAAACUAAGGAUUAUGAACUUACUAUGCUGGAAUGGGCGAAGAGGUUGGAUUCAGCGAAGGAUGAUGUUAUCGCGGGCUGGGGAGAAGAGACGUAUCGAGUAUUUCGUCUUUUUCUCUGGGGCGGAACUCAUGCAUUCAAAACGAAUGCAUUACAGGCCUACCAUAUUGUUGCUGAGAAAACCAGUUCUGGUUCAAGUGGCCCACGCCCAUCGACUUAUCGUCGCAUUGUUCAGUUCUUGGGUUCCCUCCGUUAA